AUGACUGGAUUUCACAACGUAAGAGCCAAAAAGCCACGAGUGAGCAAAGUCGAGCAAGCUGAAGACGACCACGACGACAUUGAUAAGAAGCCCUUCAAACCAAUGGAAAUUGAUAUCGCCACUGGCCUAAAAAAGCUUCGAGACCACAAAAGCUUCUGGACUGAAGAUGGCAUCGAGCUCAAAGAUCUAGCCAAGUUUGACGAUUUGGGACCUUACGAAAUCGAUGAAGACACCGAAAUGGUUAUGUGGCAGAUUGAAUUGAAACGGCUGGCUCAGGCAGCGGAGCAAGCCAAUGCGCCGACCUUGGAAGGCGACCCAAAGCUCUUUGGGCAUGCUGACCAAGGUGGAUACAACCGAUUACAUACGCUAGUAUGGGCACUAGACCUUGCCAAUAUUCUAAAAACGAAACGCCGCCAAAACUACGAUGACACAAACCAAAAAUACGAGCAGGCACUUGAGCAGGUCGGCGAAUGGACCAUUGAUCGAAAUUGCAACACCAUCACUAGCGUCUGGUACUCGUAUGCCGUCCUAGGCCUCGUUGGUUUGUUGAUUAUGGGUGGACUUGGGCUCAUGGCGUUGGGUCAGCGCAUCACAGGCGUGGACCCGUCCAAUUUGACGGUUCUGCUGUGGACGGCAGCCGGCUUUAUCAUGGUCUAUCUCAAGUCGCGACACGUGGAGAAUUGGCCCUGGCGUGACUUUAUGCAAGGUCAAGUCGUCUGCCACUCUAUAAGUGAGGUGGUGUCGGUGACCAAAAUCGAUCCUCAGAUUCUGAUUGCCGUCUUGAUGCGCAACGAGACGCGCAUGCAUCUGGAGAAAUCUGGACCGUUCGAAAUGUUAUUCGAAUGCAGAGAUACUAAAGGUUUCUCUAUCGAUGUGCCGCCGCUUGUGACAACCGCCAUGGCCGGGGGACGCAUAUUUGUCCGUGUUGAUAGCGACAAGGGACCGGCCCUGGUGAGUAUAGCAGUAACAACCCAGGACAAUUACAUGUCGGUGCCAGUUCACGGGUCCACUGAGACAGCGCUCAUAUGUCGCGCGAUUUUACCGAGCCUUCCAGUUGCCGCAUGCGAUUAG